AUGUUUCGCCGAGUAGCUGGCCGGCUGCGUUCGCACGUGCGCUUGGUCGCUGCCUUUGCCCGUCAACAGCCUGUCUCUCGGGCCGUGCUGCCCACGACGCUAGUCGCAGCUGGACUGGGAUCCUUCUUCAUACCAACCGCCAAGGUCACCCAAGCACAAGGCAAGGCAAAGAGAGUGGCCAUCUAUGGCGGCGCCUUCGACCCUCCCACUAACUCCCAUAUGACUUGCGCCAGCGAGAUUGUACAUAGUGGCUGUGCCGAUGAAGUGUGGCUGGUGCCUUGUGGACCUCGUCCAGACAAACCCAAGUUGAAGACCCCUGCCUUGGACCGAUAUUGUAUGUGCCAGAUCGCCGUGAAUACCGUGUUUUCCCCGGACUUCCCCAUUAAGGUUACUUGGAGCGGAAUCAAGCAGUUCGUGGGCAUAUCAGAUUAG